AAAUCUGUUUGUUUACUAUUUUUCUACACACGAAUAUUCUUUACCACACAAUUUCUCGCUCGUGAUUUCAUUUUCAACCAACUUUAGAGCCCAUCAAAACACCGCAAAACGAUCGAGCGUGUGAUUAUUGUGGCCGCGGUUAAACAAUUACUGGUCGUGAUUAUGAGCGCACCAUCAGGAAGUGUGUGCACAAAGGAAAACAAACAGCGUAGCAUGAGCCGCUAGAAUGUGUUAUGUCGUGAUCGCUAAGUUCAUUCGCCGGCGAUUGGUGUUAGCGAUUAUUUUUCUUCUUUCCCUGUCGUACUGUAUGGUGCACCUGAUUCGUAGGAACAACAACCUAAGCUUAAAUGGAGACUAUCUGCAGACGCAGCUGUUGCUGCGUAAAAAUAUUAUCUGGACCAAAGCAAGACAUUCGCCAGGGCGUGCAGGGGCGGGUGCAGAUCCGGCAGCGAUUGUGGCGGCGGCGGUUGCAAACGAAACCGAUGAACUGCCGGAACCGCUUACCUGCCGGAAUUCGAUCCAGGGCAAAUCGCUUAUCGUAGACGACCGUGGAUAUGUGUGUUCCCGGGCAGAGCUGCUAAAGAAUGGUUGCUGUAGCGGGACUGAUAUCGAAGGGAACAGUGAGGCAAGGAAAUUGUUUCCAUGCCGUACAUGUUUGCCGAAUCGUUGCUGCGCCGUGUACGAGUACUGUGUAUCGUGCUGCUUGAACCCGGAUAAGCGACCAAUCCUGGAGGAAGUGUUAGCCAAAGCGAACGGUAGACAGGUGGCACUGUAUGCCGAAGUAACCGAUCAGUUCGAGCUGUGUCUCACCAAGUGUCGCACUAACUCGCAAUCGGUACAAAAUGAGAACAAGUACAGAAACCCCGAACGGAAGCACUGCUACGGCGAGAUGAAUGAUGCAUUGUGGCCUUCCGCCAACGGGAAGGACACACAGAAAACACCCCCGGACGAUGUCUGAUGGAUGGGUUUUUGAGGCACGUAACAAAGGCAACAGGUACAUGCCUGGCAACAGAUCGGUCACGAGAUUAAGGUAUUCGGAAGGUCAAUUUUUUUACUUUACACUGCUGGCAUUGGUGUUGGUCCCCCCAGUCGUUGUCCUUUCUUUUUACCAGCAUGCAGUGCAAAACCGAAGCAGAUUAAAAAAAAAUAAUUGUAUUGCUAUAAUAAAAACAAACCAUAUUUGUUAGACACAAUA